UAAAUAGAUACCCUUCAUUUCCCAUCUAUAUAUAGAUCAGAGAUCAUUGCUAUUGAUAUUUGACAGGUAUUUGAUAAUUUUGCUUCAUAUUAAUCUUUAGAUCUAGGAUUAUGUGGGCACAUUGGCUAUUGCUUUAAAGUUUAGUUUAGCAAGUGUUGAAGUGAACUGUCUCGUUUUCAGCCCUAAAGAGAACAAAGUUGGAAGAGUUGAGGUUGAAACAUGGGCAAGCGGAAAUCAAGGGCAAAGCCACCUCCCAAGAAGAGAAUUGAUAAACUCGACACUGUUUUCACCUGUCCCUUCUGCAGUCAUGGAAGUAGCGUGGAAUGCCGCAUUGACAAGAAGAACUCGAUUGGUGAAGCUGUGUGCAACAUCUGCAAAGCGAGCUUUAGUACCACCGCAACAACUUUAUCUGAGCCUAUAGACAUAUAUAGCGAAUGGAUCGACGAAUGUGAGCGUGUGAACCCCCCUGAGGCUAAGGAUGGUAAGUGAAGGAAGGGUUGGUGGGAAUGUAGAUGGCUGAGCAGUUGAAGAAGGAAGAAUGUUGUUAGCAAUACCAGUAGUAUGUGACUCAUGUCUGUAGCAUGCAAUAGCUGUGGAUGUAUCAUUAAAUAAAGGGGGGAAAUGACAUUUUGG